CCUCGCCUCGCUCUGCUGUCACCACAACGCUGCUGUCACAUAGGGCUCAGGAUUUAUUUUUGGACUGCCAUGGCGUCUGGUCCUUCCAUUUGUAGGAAGGGGGGUCGACUUGGUCUCAACAUGAACCUGCCGCUCUGACACUCCAGGCUGGGACAAGCAGGCAGCAGCCGGCCGGCCGCCCCCCAAGCAGCAGUCGCACAGCUUUGAAACACAGUCUGCCCUGUCAUUUAUGAAGCAUUACCAAACAAUGAUCACAUUUUAGCUGGGAACCUGUCAGGUGCUCUCUGAACAUCAGCAACAAGUUUUUACCUGGGUGCUGAAGUGCUCAUGGCUGUUGCUUACAGUACUGUCACCCAGCUGGGCCUGCUUUCCCAGCAGUAUCCCCCACCCCUGCUGCCCAAGCCUGGAAAGGACAACGUUAAACUUCAGAAGCUCCUCAAGAGAACCGCCAAGAAAAAGGCCUCCGCUCAGGCCUCUCAGUCUGCUGCGCCUUUCCGUUCCAGCCUUUCCCCUGUGAAUGAAGCAAGCCCUGACCUCGAACACAGUGAACACUCCACCCCUCCCAGGACACCAGAGACACCGUUCAACCUAUACAGUGUCCAGCAGCCUCCACGGUUCACCGUCAGACCACUGUAUCAACAUGUGGCAUCCCCUUACCCACAGCGUGCAGCUUAUGGCAGAGCAGCAAGAUUCUCUCCUCAGACAGUGGCAAUGCCGUCAUACUCUUACUCGCAUCAUAUUACCACAGUUUCUUCAUAUUCUGCACCAACUGACCUUUCUGGACCCUCACCAGCUCUGGGGUCAGUUGCCCAGGUGGCAGUACCAAAAGUAUCUCUGCUCACUUCUCCGACACCUGAGGCAACAAUACCAACUGCCGAAGUGAAAAAGGCACUUUCUGAAAUUCAUGUUGGUCUUGGAUCUGCUGCAGCUGAGGAAACACCAGAGACAAAACCCACAAGUACAAGUUUGUCUUCUUAUCCAGCAACAGGCAGACAAGCAUUGAUUCGUCCUCUGACAGUGCUGACUCCACUCGUCAAAUCCAAAAGUCCACGUCCAACGUUCAAAGCAACUGAACCUUCAAGAUCCCCAAAACCAAUGUUUGAUGUCCCUCAAAUUAGGAUGUACACGGCAAGCACAUCAUACUAUGAGACAUCCAGGACCCCACCAGUGUAUGACUCAGCUGGAUUAACUGCCAUUGGUAGCACAGUGACUCAAAGUAGAACAACAGAAACACCUCAAGAUUCAUUUCAGCUUCCUUCUUUAGGCACAGACCCCCAAAGAAAAACACCAACUUUGGAAACUAAAAGAGGUACUACACCUACUGCAGACAACACAACCCCAACCCCAACACCUGAAAUCAAAAGAGUCACUCCAACAUCUGAAAUCCGAGUUAAAACACCAACAUAUGAGUUCCAGACAUCAAGAACUUCAGCUGGACGGCCUAAAACCCCAGCAUACUAUAUAACUCGGGCUUCAACACCCGUAUUUGAAAUCUCACGACCCAAUCCUCUCUUAUUUGCAGUGUCACCGAUCACAGUAGAGCCAGAGAAGUCAAGAACGCCCAAAACAGUUUCUGCUGUGAGCAGUUUGUCUGUUUCCCAAACUGUGAAGAGAACAGAGCCUAAACCUACUGAAACAAUACUGAAUGGUGACAUACAUUCAUACAUGAAACCUGCAGCUAAACCAAUCCAAAAAAGUAUCACAAAGUCUAAAUCAGAGCCUGAUCUGACCAGAGAAAAGAUACAAAUUACUCCAGCUGCCAUUCACAGCCUCUCUAAGCCUCCUUCAUCUGAGCCAAUAACACCAGUAGUGACCUGUCCUGCCUAUCAGAGGCCUAAUACUCCAACAUAUGAGGCAUCUCGACUUAUGACCACAUCACCUGGUUAUAAAAGACCAAAGACACCUACACAUGGGACAUCACCAACAGCCUUUCAGAGACCUAAAACUCCAACCCAAGUGCCUCAAAAAUCCAAGUCUAGCUACCGAGGAUUGACACCAGCUGAAUAUACUGCUUAUGGCGGAAUCAGAACUUACUCUCCAGCAUUUGGUUUCUCCAGUUCUAAGACACAAACUGAAGAGGAGGUUAAAGUUCCAAAAGAGGAGUCGAUGGAAUGUAAAACACCCAUCAAAGAACCAUCUGUGAAAGGACAGUCAGAAGCUGAGAUGUCAACAGUCAAUGAAAUCCCCAAAGACACAUAUAAAGCCCAUCUGAGAGAUGAGAAGGUUGCUGCCACCCCCACGGUUCCUAUGAUUAUUGUUUCACAAGCAUCUGACACUUCAGGAACAACAGUAACACAAGAGAUUAACAUGGUAUCCAUUAAAAUUCCAGAGAGACAACAAACAACUGUAAUUCAAGAAACACGGAAAGCUAAACCUCCAACAGUACAACAGGAGAAAACUCCUGAGAAGCAGAAAGUGGAAACAACAGCUGAUGUUAAGCAUCCUCUGCCCAAAGGUGAAGAAAAGGAUCCUCUGAAGGCAGUAAGAAAACUUUUAGGCAAAGAUAAAGCCCCAACUGCUGAGCAGAAAUCAGAAACUGAAACAAAAUCUGUCGUCUCAGAUCAGAAAAAGCUAGCAGAACCUACCACUUCCAAGAUGAAAGAGCAAGGCUCAAAGCCAAACACUGCUGCACCUGCCUUGCUCAUCAAGAUGUCAACAGGACAUGAAAAUAAAGGAAAAGAUAAGGAGUCAGCGAAAUAUGCUCCUGAGGAAAAUGAAGCUGAUGAACCCUUAUCAGCUGAGCCCCCUCUUAAAGCGGUACAGAAACCAAAGGGGAUGAAAUCUAAAGUGAGUGGUUGGUCUCGGCUCAAGAAACAUAUGGUGGUGGAGCAGGAGGAGCCCAAAUUUCCAGAGACAGGCAGCCAGAUGGAGGCCACUGAGCAGGACCAGAGUGGGGUGAAAAAGGCAGAUGAAAAAGCCAGAGACCAGCCUGGCACUCAAGAUGAGAACCAAACUAAAGACGCCCCCAAGGCAACAAAGAUGUGGGACGCCGUCCUCUUCCAAAUGUUUUCCACUAAAGAGAACAUCAUGCAUCAGAUCGAGUUAAACAAAAAUGAGGAGGAGAAGGAGAAAGAGGAAAAGUACGAGCUGAAAGAGAUACCUUCAUUUGCAUACCGGCUGCCCGUGCUGCUCUUUAGUCCAAAGUUUGAUGCCAAAAAGCUUAAAGAGGCAGCGUCAAGGCCAGUGACAAAAAUUUCAACAGUUUUUGAAAUGGGUCUUAUCGGGCGGAAAGGUAAAGAUGAGGAUCCAAAAGACUUUAACAGAAAGGCAAGAGGGUUUGCUGCUACUUAAGCUAUUACAAUAUAUAUAGAAACAAAGGGUAAAGAAAAAAAUGUAAAGGAAAAUGUUUUAUGUUUCAUGUACAGGAGCAGAAAUGUUAGCAACAGAACUAAUGUACAGGUCUGAGUUCUUAGUCUCUUGUUAAAUGAACAUAGUUUGUGUUAUAGAAAAGUCAACCUGAACUUUAUACUUGACAAAUGCUUUGUGUUGCCUUUGUGUGACUGGCCAGUGUUGGAGCAGAAAGAGCUACAUUUGUCUUAAAAUCAUCCAGACGUCACAUCAGAUUAAAGUGUUCAUAUUUGAAGUCAUUUCAGAGCUUCUCACUUGUUUUUUUAAUCACAGGUUCACAGUAAACACAGAAGUUCUGGAUCUGGAGAAAUGUGCUUACUGUAAAGAAAAUUUUGAAACGGAGACUGUAUUAUUAUUAUUUAUAAUAAAAAGAUAAUUAAACAUAACAUAUUUGAUAAAAAUAUUUGUAUGGACAGAAUUUAACACUUUAUGAUUUUAAGACAAAUCAUUUGUGACAAUUCUGUUUCACUCAGAUGAUCCAGUUCCAUUCAAGAUGGUGCUACUUUCCUCAGGGUGAGAUGAAUGAUUGUGUGGAGAGUGACUUGAUGUUUUUAGGCUGUAGUUUGUCAUCUUUUAUGAUCAAACGUUCUUAAAGUCAGAAUGAAACAGCAUUUUCAGAGCAUCCUGGUGGAUGUUGAAGGUCUGAAGGCUCUGUUGAGGGAAGUGAAUUCAUAUUCAGUGAAGUUUAGUGUCGCUCAUUUCUGCAGUUUAAAAACUGAAGCUGCAGCUUCUAACAAAGUGUUUGAUUUUACUGGGACUUGAAGAUGAGCUAAAAGCUCCUGUGAGUUGCUGUUAAACUGUGAUGGAGGUCAUUGGGGUCAAAGGUCAAAGACACAGACAGAUGGUGCAGAAUCCAAACUUUAUUCUUCGAGUUUUUUAUUGUCCCAUUUUGUGUUCUGAUUGAAGACAGUUUUAAGAAACCUAAACGUGUUUGUCCUCUCUAAUCGAACAAGAACCUGAUGACAGUAUUUCAACUGGUGGCAGGAUGUCAACUGUUUGUCAUUGAUUCAGUCCAACAGUCCUGAAGUAGAACUUGUCUAAAAUCUUAAUUUCACAAAUUUCUCUCAUUACUUCAAAUGAAAAAUCAAACGGAUGAGUGUUACAGCCUGCACCUUGUCAAAGCAUGGCAUUUAAAUCUGCCUGUGACUCUAAUGUGUUUUUUUUAAUUUUACGUAAGGGACUUUGAGCCGUAUUGAUUCCUCAUGAGAAGGAUGCAUGAGAACAAAUAAAGUUUGACUUGAUGGAACA